AUGUCUUUAGCACGAGAAGCCCAAGCGAAGAGACCAAAGAUGCCACCAGAGUACGCAGCGAAGGUGGCCGCCAGACGCUCUGCCGCUCUACUAAGCUCGUCGUCUGCGUCGUCACCGACGGAUCUCCAGGUAGGUGGAGGUGCUGGGGCAAACCUGCUUGAUAAGACGG